CCGGUACUGUUCCAGCCAGGGGUCGCUGGCCAGACCUCAUCCGCUUUCUACUUCUCCUUUCUCCUGUACGAGGACACCCCGGUUCGGAGCCAAGACUCAGUACCUUCAGAAUCCGUCUGUAUUUAGCCAGGGCAAACAGACAUAAGAGAUCGUCAGUACUCUGGAUAAAAGACUUCUUCAGUGUCCCAGCGAGGGGCAUGACCCUGUCCCAGACACUGGAGAGCUCCUAUCUGUGGACCUACUUCAAGUCCCAACAUAAUUGGCUGUGUAACAUAGAACAAGUCAUGAAUCCAUUGUGUGCUUCAGUUUCCGUUUCUAGAAAUGGGAUUGUCAUUUUUUUCUGGAGCAAGUCAUGUGCAGGCACCUCGAGUAUAAUACCGAGUUUUCUUUUCGCACCAGUGGGUACCCGGAACUAUUGUCAGGCUGCGGGAACAGUGCCCUGAGCUACGAGCUAUUCCUUGGCGGCUUUCCUAACGUGACCAGUGUGGAUUACUCUCCAGUCGUGGUGGCAGCUAUGCAAGCUCGCUACGCCCAUGUGCCCAGUCUACGCUGGGAGACCAUGGAUGUGCGAGCGCUGGACUUCCCUGGUGGCUCCUUUGAUGUUGUACUCGAGAAGGGUACACUGGACGCCCUGCUGACUGGGGAGCGGGACCCCUGGAAUGUUUCUUCUGAAGGCGUCCACACUGUGGACCAGGUGCUGAGUGAGGUGAGCCGGGUGCUGGUUCCUGGAGGCCGGUUCAUCUCAAUGACUUCUGCAGGUCCCCACUUUCGGAGCAGACACUAUGCUCAGUCCCAUUAUGGCUGGUCACUGAGACAUACAACCUAUGGCAGUGGUUUUCAUUUCCACUUUUACGUCAUGCAUAAGGGCAGAGAGCUCAGUGUGACCCAGUUGGCCCUGGGGGCCCAGCUCUUGUCGCCCCCCAGUCCUCCUGCCUCACCCUUCUUCCUCCAAGACUCAGAUAAUGAAGACUUUCUCAGUGCCAUUCAUCUGUGAGACUGGAAGCAUGGUCUCCGAGCCCUCCCUGCCUUUCUGCAUUAAACUCCUAAGGAGCUGGAAUUCCCAA